AUGGCAUGUUACGUCCCAUUUCAAGGGCACUGCACCUACCGAAAGCCCACAGUCUCAUUCUCACACAACGUUAAUCUCAAGAAAACUGAUCAUCGUUCUUCUUCUUUCAAGCCAUUUUUGAGCGAACUGCAACAACUUGGUUUUGGUUUGGAUGUCCUGAAAGCUGCGGUCAAGAACACUUCAUUAAAGUUGCUUGAUGCAUUUGUAGAUUCUGCUUUCGAGUUCGUUGACUGCUCUUCGGACACAGAUCAGACAAACACUGCUCCAGCUGAUGAACUGAGAGAAGCUGCAAUUGUCACCAACAUCCAUGGCGGUAUUCCAACUGAUUUUCCUCAAGGAGUCUACAUAAGAAAUGGACCAAACCCAACGUUUGGAGGAUUAAAGUCAACCGAGUCUAUAUUUGGGAAGUCAAGUCCAAUAUGGGUUGAAGGAGAAGGAAUGCUUCACGCUUUGUACUUUAGUAAAGACACUAAUUGGAGAUGGACUGUUAUUUACAGUAACAGAUAUGUGGAAACCGACACAUUCAAGCUUGAAAAACUUCGAAACAAACCCUCUUUUCUUCCUGCCGUCCAAGGGGAUGCUCUAGCUGUUUUCUCCUCUCACUUGCUCAAUAUGCUGAGAUUCGGAAAACCAUUCAAGAAUAUGAGUAAUACCAACGUUUUUGAGCAUUCGGGGAGGUUGUACUCCAUUGCUGAAAAUGACUUGCCUCAAGAGAUUGACAUCUUAACACUUGAAGCUUUAGGUGAUUGGGAUGUCAAUGGAGCAUGGAACCGACCAUUUACUUCCCAUCCUAAGAAAGCUCCAGGUACUGGGGAGCUGGUCACCAUGGGAAUCGCAGCAACUAAACCUUUCGUUGAAAUGGGAGUAAUUUCAGCUGAUGGGAAGAGAUUACUUCACAAGUUGGAUCUUAAACUCGAUAGAUGCCCACUUUGCCAUGAACUUGGAGUUACAAAGAGGUAUAAUGUGUUCUUGGAUUGCCCAAUAACUGUAGACGUGAAUAGACUCAUCCAUGGUGGCCAGUUAAUAAAAUAUGAAAGUGAAGGAUAUGCAAGAAUUGGUAUAAUGCCUCGUUAUGGAGAGGUAGAUUCAAUCCGGUGGUUUGAAGUGAAACCAAAUUGCACAUUUCACAUUAUCAAUUGCUUUGAGGAUGAUGAUGAGGUUGUUGUAUGGGGGUCUAGAGCUCUUGCAUCAGUCAUACCAGGACCUCAACCGGGUUCAAAGCAAUUUGAGUGGUUUCCAGCAAAAUUUAAACCUGGUAAACCGAUGGAAGAUGCCAUUUCAGAAGACCAGUUAUUGUUUCAUCGUCCAUAUGAAUGGAGACUGAAUAUGCGAACCGGAGAUGUGAUGGAGAGAUUUCUGAUAGAACCAGAUCAUUUCCCCAUGGAAUUUCCUAUGAUUAAUGAUGCUUUUGUAGGUGUCAAAAACAAGUACUGUUACACCCAAGUAUGUAAUUUGGACCCAAGCUCCGCCUCAGGCAUGGGGAGAUUUGGGGGACUUGCCAAGCUAUACUUUGGAGAGCAAAACACAGGGGUUUCUCUGGGUGGGAACCAAGUAGAAGGAUCAAUCAAAGUAGAAUAUCACAUGUUUGAGAAGAACACAUAUUGUAGCGGAGCUGCCUUUGUUCCUAAAGAAGGUGGCGUUGAAGAAGAUGAUGGUUGGAUUAUCACAUUUGUUCACCACCAAGUUACUAAUGUAUCUCAAGCUUAUAUAAUUGACGCCAAGAACUUCCUCAAUGAACCAGUUGCUAAAAUCACACUACCAUGCAGAGUUCCGGAUGGUUUUCAUGGAGCUUUCAUGCCAAUCCAACUGCAAAACAGAAUCACAUUGGAUUAGAAUCCAUAAUUAUGGGCACAUAUUUAUAAUGUAUAU